AUGCUGGGUGGAAAAAAGCACUCAACAAGGGAUCUGACGGCCAAAAAUUCGAGCACAAAAGAUGUGACGACAAAGUCGGUGGUCGGGCCACCUCGACGAAAGUAUGGAAUUAAAGGGUUUUUCGGACGAUUCAAAAGAGUCAGCAAAUCCUCGAGCAAAUCGAGCAGCCCACCAGUGAUCACUUCACCGGGAUCCCCAGAGAAAACUCGCUCGAACAAUACCACCCACUCGAUGCAAAGCAAUGAGGAAGCGAGUCUCAAAUCUGGAGAGAGUUUGCCGACUCCGUUCAAGGAAAACGCGAAUCUACGCACGAUACUCUAUGGGAACUCGUCGACAUCGUUGCAUCAGGAAUUGGGCACAGCUUCGAACAAAGAAAAUUCAUUCGAAUCGAUCCCGAAGCUCGGCGCCGUGUCACCAAUAUGCGAAGGGAUUGACGCAAAGUUGCACUCGGAGCUGUCGAUCACUCGCUCCUUCUCAACUCUAUCAAUCAAUCGAUCCGCGAAGACAAAUACAAGGAAUUUGCGACGAGUCAAUAGUUCCAACUCACCGACAACUCCAGUCUCCCGUCUGCGCACGUAUCAACCAAAAAGAACGACGGCGACAAUUCCCGAACAUGGCGAGACUUCGACCCCAACUUUCGAAGAUUUUUCCCAUGACGGUUUUGGCUCUCGACGCAUCACUUUGGGGGACCCGACCGAGCUGCUGAAGGUCCCGAUCACACCACAAGCUGCACGGGGAAAUGCACUGUCGAGAAAGCUGCUCUCAUCUGAUCUAAGUACUCCUCGUUCAUUUGGUGGAAGCAACAACUCACGACAGAUCUCGCACGACGAAACACAAAUGGGGAUAAGCAUGUUGGUGCGACGAGACACGCUCGAUUCGCAGAAACAAGCGCCCGCAUUGAAGAGACGACGAUUCAGUGAGGUAAGCAACUUCAAGAUCAUUAAACAACGGAUGGCACAAAAGGCUUGCUCCGAGGAUGCCGAUCAAGAGAAGCUGAUUCGUUUCCAAGGGUCCACGAAGCUCAUUCAGGACGUUGUCAAAUUCGAGCCAUGCGGAUAUCGGGGGGUUGUCAUUGAUGCGACAACGGAUGGGAAACCAUACUCUCGCUUCUCAAAAUCGGUCAUUCGCGCGCUCGAGGCUGAGCGUUUGUUGUUAGAUAGUGUGCUGGGCGUGAUUCCGAACCCAUUUCUUAAAGUGAUCGUCGCGAAUAAUUAUGCCCAAGGAAUUGUUCUCUUGAUCGCGCUCGUUCGUGUCAAACCGCCGACGAUUGCUUAUGCACGCGGUGGUUACAGUGGAGCAUUGACGAGGGGUUUCGGGAUGGGACUCGUGGAUUUUGUGAUGGGUCCAUGCUUUCAAGAAGAAGAAACGUUGAGCCAAGAAUUCGCCGAUGCACUUUUGAGAACGAUUUACAUGGAAGUGAACUCACAGCCGAAUAAGACGAUUCAAAUCAAUGUGCACACGGAUGGAAGCGCGAGCGACCAUCAAACGUUGAUGAACAUCUGGGAAAAGAUCGAAUCUGAGAAAAGGGAGACGAAGCGUCGAUGCGUACCCAAAAUGAGCGAAUUUCAUCCAAAAAAUUUUGUGAUU